AUGCCCUCAGUAGCUCAACCAUCCUGUAGCUCACGUCAAAAUUCCAAACUCCUCUUUCAGAAAGCAUCUGUAGAUCCAUCUCCAACUCCAGGUAGCAACCCACUCCUAGAAAAUCCGAUUCUCCCGGAAAUAUCUUCCAUUCUCCCAAACUUAGAUCCGACGCUCCCCGACUUCAACACCACUUACUCCUACCUGGUCAACAAUCACCCGCCCACACAAUUCUUAAAUUUGCCGGCUCAUCCGAACCCGCAAAUCCUGCUCACCUACCCACCCAACUCAAUUUUUCCGUCUCUACCUCUCCAACUAGUUCCAGAAUUAGUGCCAACUGACCUAGAAGCCAGAGAGCCGCCGAGCAAAGUUCGAUGCCCAAAUUUCGAGCUCGCCGAGCCCCAACCGAAAGCUUCUGACUUUGGACAAAACAAGGUUCACUAUUUUAACUUGGAGCCAUCACACGAGGAGUUUGAGCAGCUGAAAAUUGUCCAAAAUUUCGUGUUCUCAGGAGAAGGUUUUUUGCUCCCGGAUUGUGAUCCAGUUAUGAAACGGAGCAUAAUUUUUACGAAUGCUAUGAAUGAUCAUUACAAAAGAUCUGAGGAUCGAGUGGAGGCGAUCUAUAAGAAGUUCGAGCAGAGAGAUGCAAAAAUGACGUACGACCAAAACGCAGUGAACAUCAAGAAACGGAUCCAUCGGAGACUUCUUGAGAAAGAUUAUUUCUUCAAGUAUCUGCAAUCUGGACAGCAUAUAGAGAGAAUCAUGAAGUGUGAGGAAAUCGUUGAAAGCUCGGGAGUGCCUGUUCUGUCAAAAGACGAUAGGAUGUUUUACGCAGAUUAUCAGAAGAAAAAGAAUGACGUCUUUCGCUAUUUGUUGGACACGGAAAAGGCAGUGUUACGAGAAAAAUUUGAGAAAAUGCGGAGCACUAUUCGGAGAAAGGAGCACUACUUUUGCCGAAAAAGAUCUCAGUUGCCGGCAAAUCGAGAAGAACCACUGAAGAAGAAUUAG